AAGCGUAAUUAGAAUGGCUGAUUCAGCUGAUCGAGGAAGGAGACGUAAAAAGCGUUUAAUAAUACCUCCUAUGAAGCCAGGAGGACGAGAGAGAGAAUCAGAACAAGAUAAUCCACAACCAGGAAAAACUUUGGUUAUACUUGCUAAGCCCCAUCAUGACGAUCAACCACAUUCUGAAAGUGCUUCUAAGCCUAAUGAAGGAACUGGAAAGAGUCCAGCACGUACACCUGAAAUCAAAGCUCCAACAGUGCUACUAAAAACCCGAGAUGGUAAUGAAAAAGAAGGUAGUCGUUCUUCUUCACCAGGAAAUGUGACAUCCCAUUCCACGACAGCAGUGUCUCAUUCUUCUAGAGAUGUGUGCAGUAGCACUGCAGGUUCCUGUCCUGCCUCAAGUGUGGGUCAACAGCCAGUCUAUCAGAUUCAGCAGAAGUCGGGUCACAUUACCGGUGAUGAUCAGAAACUCUCCUUGCUACCAGAAAUGUCAACUCCAGUAAAACUCGUUGAUGGGGAGAACUUGCAGUGGUGUGAUAAUGCCAUGGAAUUUCUAGUGGACCAAACAAACUUCUAUGUCGUGGGUAUUCUAGGCCUACAAGGUUCAGGAAAAUCAACUGUGAUGUCACUUUUGGCUGGACAACUUGGGGAAAUUACGGGAAGACAGUUGUUUAAACCUGAGACCAGAGAACUCAGAGAAAGAGGAGAACACUGUACUUCAGGAAUAGAUAUUUAUGUAACCAGUGAACGUAUGAUUUUGUUGGAUACGCAGCCUUUACUUAGUGCUUCAGUAAUGGAUCACAUGGUUCAGUUUGAGAAAAAAAUCCCUUGUGGAACAGAUUAUAGAGCAACUGAAAAUGCUCUCCAAAUUCAGUCGUUACAGAUAACUGCUUUUCUCUUGACUGUUUGUCACACGGUCAUUCUUGUGCAAGAUUGGUUCACCGAUCCCAAUCUUCUCAGGUUCAUUCAGUCUGCUGAGAUGUUAAAGCCAGCAACACCAACAAACCCUCACGAGUUAUCUGCUUCCAUAGAAGAUACUACGGACUACUAUCCCCACCUAGUGUUCUUACAGAACAAAUGCCAGCGGGGAGAUUUUUCACCUUCCACGGUGUGCGACAUGGAGGAACUUUUGUUAAACGUCUUUCAGAAUUCAAAACUGAAACACACAGGGUCAGUCUGGAUGGAGUUUAUUCCCAUCAAAGAUGAAAGUUUGCACAUGGAAGUAGCUAAUUUAUUUCUUUUACCCGAGAGAGAAGCAGAAGAAAAAGGUGUUUUACCCAACUAUAGAGGUCACCCAGGAUUCAACAGCUUGGGAAGGUCCUUAACCCAACAGUUAAUGUCGGUGCCACGCAGUACUCUAACACACACUGCUUUGUCUGAGAAAAACUGGUUUCAUUACGCUGCCCGUAUGUGGGAAGCUGUGAAGAAGUCUUCUCUGUUUCUAGAGUAUGGGAGGUUACUACCCUAAGAAGUUAAUGUAACGUAAGAUUUUCAAAUUUUGUAUAUAUAUAUAUAUAUUUGUACUGCCUGUCUAAAAUAAUAAGUAAUUUCACAAUGGCACUUUGUUUUUAUUUUGUAUCGAAACCCUUUAUAAUUUGUACACUACCAAUAAAAUCUUUCAAAAUAGUAAUUUAACAUAUUGAACGUAAGUGUAAAUCUUAAAAAACAAUACCUCUUUUUUUUUUACACUUAAUAAUAUUCCAAUUCACUGUACAAGGUAGUUACAUGAAAGCUUGCAACUAACACCAUAAGUAAUAAUUAAAUAUGACCUUUAUACACAAGUCCACUACAUUUUCAUUGCUGAAGCACUUAGUAAAUUGUUAUUAAUCUAAAACUAUUAACUUCACA